UCUUCUUCUCCUUUUACUGUAAUCCUGACUCACAGAUUUUACGACCGCCACGAUGAUUAAAAUAUGGAGUAUGAAGAAGAAUGAGGAUGCGGCUGCAAAGAGGAAGCCCAAAACCACUGCUGCCCAGAUUCGAGUACAGAAAGACUUGACAGAAUUAGAUCUUCCAUCGACCAUGAAAACACAUUUCUCUGACCCAGCUGAUCUCCUCAACUUCACUCUGACCAUUACCCCCGAUGAGGGCAUGUACAAAGGCGGCGCCUUCGUCUUUUCUUUCGUGAUAAACACAAACUACCCGCACGACCCUCCCAAGGUCAAGUGCACGCAGAAGAUAUACCAUCCAAACGUAGACCUGGAAGGAAAUGUCUGUCUAAAUAUACUGCGAGAAGACUGGAAGCCUGUACUUAACUUGAACUCUGUGAUGGUGGGGCUCCAGUAUCUGUUCUUGGAACCAAACGCCGACGAUCCCCUGAAUAAAGAGGCGGCACUCGAAAUGACCAAGAACAGAGAUCUCUUCUUGUCUAAUGUCAGGUCAUCCAUGGGCGGGUUGGUGAUCAAGGGCGUCAAAUAUGACCGAGUCCAACAAUAAUUCCAGCCACUCGUUUCUUCUAUAUGUACAUCUGCGCAUUCACCGCCAUUCCUUUGUACUCUUUGCUAUACAUCACCUAAUCUCGCACUUUGUUAUCGAAUUUGCAUUCUCGCCAGUUGGCCAACGAUAGCUCAUAUAUUUCUAU